AUGGUGGAGAAAUUUUAUGAAGUAUUUACUCAUGUUGAUGUGUUGAGAAGUCGGGAACCGGAAUAUUUCAUAUGUGAAAAGCCAAUAGUUGUGGAUUUCGACAGUUUUACUAGCAACAGAAAUUCCAAGAACAGCAAGGAAAUUGAAAAGGUAGAAAAAUUAGAAGUGAUAGAUACGGAUCAUAAGCAAAUGGUGGAAAUGCAAUCAAGUGGAGGAUCAUCAACUUCGUCUAUUGGAACAUCAGUUUCUCCGGUGAAAACAUUCGUCAGCAUUCUGGAAGAGGGAUGCAAAAAGUACUACGAUGGAACAGCGCCUAUUUUUAUGCCUAGUCUUGUGGAAAUCCCCAAUUCAUUUGCAAUACGAUGUGAGUUAUACGGUAUCCAUACCGUAGGUUAUGGAAGAACGAAGAAAAUUGCAAAACAGAUGGCUGCAAAAGAUAUGCUAAAAAAAAUGAUUGAGAAAGAAUCAUUUAGUGAUUUUGGGCUCGGUAAAACAAAAGAGGAAGCACUGGCUAACUUGGAGAGUAUGACAAUUGAUUUUCAAAAUCGAGGAAGUAAUGAUGAAUCUGUUGUAGAGAAUUGGGUAGGAAAAGUAAAUGCAAGAUGUCAAAAGCUGAAAUUAUCAAAUCCUACUUAUGAAAUUGAUGAAGAAGGACCCCCAAAUCAACGAUAUUUCAUUGCUAUAUGUAAAAUAGGGAAGGUUUAUGUAAAUGCACAUGGAAAAACGAAAAAGAUAGCAAAGGCACUGGCAGCUCAAAAAAUGUGCGCUCGAUUAGAAAAUUGGAAAGAACUAGCAGAUGAUUUUGGAAGUGCAACGCUUGCUGCUGCCUCAGGCCAAGAAGCUGCAAGCAGUAAUGAAUUUACAACAGGCGGAAGUAUGAAUACUCUCAAUGCACCAGCGCAAACAGUAUUGAAUCCAGGAUUGUUGCAUAAAGUCCGUUCUGCAUUUCGAGAUGGCUUUGGUACAAAAGGUCUUACAGAGAAAUUGACUGAAUUGGUUAAAUCGGGUGACGAAAAUAUCAGCAAAGUUUUUCCGAAUCCGGAGCUGAAAUUUAUAUUUCUUGAACGAGACUUAGAUGGUAAUUUCCAGUGUAUGCUGUCAAUUGAUAGUCCUACUGAUAUGAAGAACGCCUUCUAUGGAUUUGGACCGACAGAACAGGAUGCAAAAGAUUAUGCUUCGCGAAAUGCACUCAUACAUUUGGAUCUGUUUGCAGGAAAUUCCGAGCCACCAUUAAAUUCCAGUGAUUUGUCACAAACACAAGGGAUGGAUAGUUCCUUAACAUCUGCGAAAAAUUCCCCAGAAGAAGAACGUCAUUCUUCAUAA